CCCAGUUCCAGUCGAUGACGUAGUUCCGCUUUGCUGGGCGCGCGGUGGACGGUCUGAACGUACCGCUCGGUUUUCGCUGGAGUUUGCGGCUCCAGAGCCCGGCAUGGCCGCCUCACGACCUCCUUCCACGCAGGGAACCAAAACCUCUAAGGCACCUGAUGACUUAGUUGCUCCUGUUGUGAAGAAACCCCACAUCUAUUAUGGAAGUUUGGAAGAGAAGGAGAGGGAACGUCUGGCCAAAGGAGAGUCUGGAAUUUUGGGGAAAGAAGGACUUAAAGCAGGAAUCGAAGCUGGAAAUAUUAACAUAACCUCUGGAGAAGUGUUUGAAAUUGAAGAACACAUCAGUGAGCGACAGGCAGAAGUAUUGGCUGAGUUUGAGAGAAGAAAGCGAGCCCGGCAAAUCAAUGUUUCCACAGAUGACUCAGAGGUCAAGGCUUGCCUUAGAGCCUUGGGAGAACCCAUCACACUUUUUGGAGAGGGCCCUGCUGAAAGAAGAGAGAGAUUGAGAAAUAUCCUUUCAGUGGUUGGUACUGAUGCCUUAAAAAAGACCAAAAAAGAUGAUGAAAAAUCUAAGAAGUCCAAAGAAGAGUAUCAGCAAACCUGGUACCAUGAAGGACCAAACAGCCUAAAGGUUGCUAGGCUAUGGAUUGCUAAUUAUUCACUGCCCAGGGCAAUGAAACGCCUGGAAGAAGCUCGUCUCCAUAAAGAGAUUCCUGAGACAACUCGGACCUCUCAGAUGCAAGAGCUACACAAAUCCCUUCGGUCUUUGAAUAAUUUCUGCAGUCAGAUUGGGGAUGACCGGCCUAUCUCGUACUGUCACUUUAGUCCCAAUUCUAAAAUGCUGGCUACAGCUUGUUGGAGUGGGCUUUGCAAGCUCUGGUCCGUUCCUGAUUGCAACCUCCUUCAUACUCUUCGAGGCCAUAACACAAACGUAGGAGCAAUUGUAUUCCAUCCCAAAUCCACAGUCUCCUUAGACCAAAAAGAUGUCAACCUGGCCUCUUGUGCUGCGGAUGGUUCUGUGAAGCUUUGGAGCCUCGACAGUGAUGAACCAGUGGCAGAUAUUGAAGGCCAUACAGUACGUGUGGCCCGAGUAAUGUGGCACCCCUCAGGACGUUUCCUGGGCACCACCUGCUAUGACCGCUCGUGGCGCUUGUGGGAUUUGGAGGCUCAAGAGGAGAUCCUGCAUCAGGAGGGCCACAGUAUGGGUGUGUAUGAUAUUGCCUUCCAUCAAGAUGGCUCUUUGGCUGGCACCGGGGGACUGGAUGCAUUUGGUCGAGUUUGGGACCUGCGCACAGGACGUUGUAUCAUGUUCCUAGAAGGCCACCUGAAGGAAAUCUAUGGAAUAAAUUUUUCCCCCAAUGGCUACCACAUUGCAACUGGUAGUGGUGACAACACCUGCAAAGUGUGGGACCUUCGACAGCGGCGCUGCGUCUACACCAUCCCUGCCCAUCAGAACUUAGUGACUGGCGUCAAGUUUGAACCUAUCCAUGGGAAUUUCUUGCUCACUGGAGCCUAUGAUAACACAGCCAAGAUCUGGACCCACCCAGGCUGGUCCCCACUGAAGACCCUGGCUGGCCACGAAGGCAAAGUGAUGGGCCUCGACAUUUCUUCCGAUGGGCAGCUCAUAGCCACUUGCUCAUAUGACAGGACCUUCAAGCUCUGGAUGGCCGAAUAGGCAGGGCCGUGGACAAAGGACUCUAACCUCAAGCUCUUCCUUAAGAGCCAUUUUCCUCAAAAGAGAGGAAUUGAUGUGUUCUGUUCUAUCAUGUUUUUUGCCACCUACAAUGUGUAGACCCUCAAUAGAAUUGGAUUUCCGUGUCAGCACCCCGCCCAGGCAGGCAACCCAGUCCCUGGGUGAUGGUGAACCCCAUUUGUGGUUAAAAUUUUAAUUUUCUUCCUCAGGCCCUGCCACAAAUUGUGUAGACAUUGUUUUUUAUAAUAUUUUGUUUGAAUGCCUGUUGCCUCCUUCACAGCACUCAAGAUUGUGACUGACUCCCUCCAUUUUUAAUUCUUAAACUUUGGCUUGCCUUCACAUGGUACAUGCUCAAGGAUUGCAUGUCACCCAGAUGGCAAGGUGCCUGGACUAUGUUCUAAGCCCUCAAAUAAAGAGGCACAUCAAACAAGGCCUGGACAGAGCUGAGAACGUCUCCUUUACCUUGAGAAUGGAAGGUGAAGCAGUAGCCACAGUUAUGCUGAUGGUUAUGCAGUAAAGAAGAUUUUACCUCUUCCUGUUGAGUUCACUUGGGAUACUGACUGCAUCAGGAAGCUCAGAACUGAACAUUUGCUGUGUCAGAAAAUGUCUUCCAUUUUGCAUUGAUGCCUGGCAUCCUUCACGUUACCCCCAAAGACCAUCGUGUCGGGAUUCAAAGAAAUUAUUAGAAAGAAAAUACGUUUAUUGUGCAACCAUCUUUCUGUUGGUUACUUAAAGGACGAUACCCUUCAUCCUGAGGUAACUGAAAAAAAUUCCUAGUGGCUAUUCCUGAACAUAAACUAUUCCUUUUUUUCCUUUUAUAAAAACUAUCCUUCAAAUAAUUAUUUUGUAUAGUUAAACAUUUUCUGAAUCCCAGCCACUGGAACAUACAAAGUCCCUUUUUUUUUUUUUUUGGUUUGGGGGCUAGCAAGUAAUCAUAAAAAUUGCUUCCUGCAGUUCCUGUAUACUUAAUGACUAUUCUGUCCAUAGUUUUCUUAAACUUAAAAAUAGAGGUCUGCUUGGAUUGCGCGGGCCACACAAGUGAGCUGUAUUCAUUGGUUAUACUUUCACCUGCACCUCUUUCCACCCCAAGCAGACAACCGCUGAACUCACUUAGAAAUAUAGGAAUUUAAGAGGAGGAUUGUUUAUAGAUGAGAAUUCAAGACAGUUGUAUUCUUGAACUCAAAACACUUGCUACUUCAGAGGGGGUAAGAGUGGUGGUGUUCGAGCCCUAUUCGGUCAAUUAGGAAUGUGUGCUAUAUAGCUAAAUACACUGUUUGAUCUGAUUUUAUUAUAACCAGAUAGGUACAUAUCCUGUGUAGUUGUUAAGCUUCUGAAUUCUCAGCUCUUCCCUCUGUUGGGCACUUCACUGUUUAAGUAUUAAUGGUUCUAUCUCCUCCAGUGUUUUCCAUGAAAAGAAAUUAUUUUUCAUUACUGCCUGUGUGGUGGUUACACAACAAUAAUGAACAUUAUUGUAUUAGCAUGCAGUUUGGAUAUAGUGUGUGAACAAAGGUUUUCAGACAAUUUUUCAAGUUUAAAUUUAACUAUUAGUUCCCUUAGACUUGUCGCUUCCAAGUUUUUUGUUCCAAGAGAUUUAGAGGUAACAGAUAAAAGCAUUUCAUCUAAGCCUUUGGCAGGACAAGAAAUGUGCAUUUCUUCACUGGGAAUAGAUGUCGUUUUGAGAAAGUGGUUAGCUGAGAAACAUAAAGCAGUUCAUGGUAAUGGUGAGAUAAAAAGCCAAAACAGGCUCACAGAAGUUAAGUAACUUGCCCAAGGCUACCCAGCUAGUAAGUGGAAGAAUGUAAAUUCGAACCCUAGUCUUUCUGACAGUUUGUGACCUUAAGAAAAGACUUAACAGGACUUCACUGAGUAUGUUGGCAACACUGGCCAGACAAAAAGAUCAGUCUGGUCUGUAUGCCCUGUUUCCUAUAGAAACCUGAGCUUUUUGACCACCCUGCCUUCUACACUGCCCUUCUGGUGGGUCACUUCAUCUCUGACUCUGACUUCAUGCCAAAUGAGGUUAAAGUAAUUUUACUGCUUCUACGUCAUGAACUUAGGAAGGGCCUGUAGUGUUAAUCGACAGGAUAACUGUUUUCAUUUUGGGAUAGAUGAUGUUUAGGGGUGUGGAACUGUCUUAAGCAUUGUAGCGGUCUUAGCAUUCCCGACCUCUGGGCACUAAACGUCAGAAGCACAACCCAUCCUCUUCAUUGGAGCACCAGAGAUAUUCCCACACAUUUCCAAAUACUUCCUAGGAUGGUACUGCCCCAAGGUUAGAACUACUGAAUGCAAAAAUAGAAGACACUAUAAUGUUAAAUAUACCCUUCAUUAUCCAGAAACAAA